UGCACUGCGCGCGCGCGCGCCGACCCGCGUGGGGCCCGGUUCCGGCGCGCGCGGCGUGGAAGGCGGCGGCGGGUUGCAGCUGCCCGACUGGAGGAGGCUCGGCAGCGGCCGCGGGACCCCUGCGGGAGAGCGGGAGCGCGCCCCUGCGCCUCGCUUCUGCGCCCCAGCGUCCGCAGCCGGCGCUCCGCGGGGACCCGGAGCAGGCAGGUGGUUUUCUAGAAGAUGACCAUAGAGGACCUCCCGGAUUUCCCGUUGGAAGGAAGUUCUCUGAUCGGAAGAUACCCAUUUUUAUUCACGGGCUCUGACACGCCGGUUAUCUUUUCCAUUUCCGCAGCACCAAUGCCUUCAGACUGUGAGUUUUCUUUCUUUGAUCCUAAUGAUGCAUCAUGCCAGGAAAUUCUCUUUGAUCCCAAAACUUCAGUCUCAGAAUUAUUUGCUAUUUUAAGACAAUGGGUUCCUCAGGUCCAGCAAAACAUUGACAUUAUUGGAAAUGAGAUUCUUAAGAGAGGCUGCAAUGUGAAUGAUAGGGACGGACUGACGGAUAUGACUCUGUUACAUUACACUUGCAAGUCUGGAGCUCAUGGCAUCGGUGAUGUUGAGACAGCUGUAAAAUUUGCAGCUCAACUUAUUGAUCUGGGAGCAGAUGCCAGUUUGCGGAGUCGCUGGACAAACAUGAAUGCUUUGCAUUAUGCUGCAUACUUUGAUGUCCCAGAACUUAUAAGAGUGAUUUUGAAGACAUCAAAACCAAAAGAUGUGGAUGCCACUUGCAGCGACUUUAAUUUUGGGACAGCUCUGCACAUUGCAGCAUAUAACUUGUGUUCAGGGGCUGUGAAAACUUUGCUGGAGCUUGGAGCAAACCCCGCAUUCAGGAAUGACAAAGGACAGAUCCCUGCGGAUGUUGUUCCAGACCCAGUGGACAUGCCUUUGGAGAUGGCCGAUGCUGCUGCGAUUGCAAAGGAAGUCAAGCAGAUGCUCUUGGAUGCGAUGCCUCUGUCCUGUACCACGCCUAAGGCCACGCCUCCCAGCUGUGAUCACGCUACCAGCAGGGCCAUGCUGACAUCUCUCGGUCUGAAGUUGGGCGACCGCGUUGUCAUCGCAGGACAGAAGGUUGGGACAUUAAGAUUUUGUGGAACAACAGAGUUUGCAAAUGGGCAGUGGGCUGGCAUUGAGCUGGAUGAACCAGAAGGGAAAAACAAUGGAAGUGUUGGGAGAGUCCAGUACUUCAAGUGUGCCCCCAAAUACGGUAUUUUUGCACCCCUUUCAAAGAUAAGUAAAGUAAAAGAUGGGAGGAAAGCCACCGCGCACACCCCUUCCACGAGAGCAGCCCCGCACGUCCGGUCCCAGAAGGUGGACGUAGCUCACGUCACAUCCAAAGUGAAUUCUGGGUUGAUGACAUCAAAAAAAGAGAAUGCUUCUGAAUCCACACUUUCAUUGCCUCCCAGUGAAGAACUGAAAACUGUAGCAGAAAAUGAUGUAACCCAGCCUGGGUCCAUCAGCAGCUUCUCCUCCACGUCCUCCCUGGACCACAAGCAGAGCUGCCCGAAGAAGCAGACCAUAAGCAGCAAUGGCAAGAAGACCCUGAGCAAAAGCCCCUCUCUCCUGUCCAGAGCCAGUGCUGGGUCGAAUUCUUCAGCACCAUCUACAGCAAAUAACGCCAGCUGUGAAGGAGAGCUCCGCCUUGGAGAAAGAGUGCUGGUGGUUGGCCAGAGAGUGGGGACCAUUAAGUUCUUUGGGACAACAAACUUUGCUCCAGGGUACUGGUACGGCAUAGAGCUGGAGAAGCCCCACGGGAAGAAUGACGGUUCUGUCGGAGGCGUGCAGUAUUUUAGUUGUUAUCCAAGAUAUGGAAUAUUUGCCCCCCCAUCCAGGGUGCAGAGGCUAUCAGAUUCCCUGGAUACACUUACAGAAAUAUCUUCAAAUAAACAGAAUCGUUCUUAUCCUGGUUUUAGGAGAAGUUUCAGCACAACCUCUGCUUCUUCCCAAAAAGAGAUUAACAGGAGAAAUGCUUUUGCCAAGACCAAGACCACCCUGCGCCGCAGCUGGAGCGGCUCCACCACGGCGGGUGGCCUUGAGGGGGCCGCGAAGCUCCACGAGGGCUCCCAGGUCCUGCUCACGAGCUCUAACGAAAUGGCUACGGUUAGGUACGUGGGUCCCACGGACUUUGCCUCGGGCAUCUGGCUGGGCCUGGAGCUGCGAAGUGCCAAGGGGAAAAACGACGGCUUGGUGGGUGACAAGCGCUAUUUCACCUGUAAGCCGAACUACGGCGUGCUGGUUAGGCCGAGCCGAGUGACCUACCGAGGGAUUAACGGGUCAAAGCUCGUGGAAGAGAGUUGCUGAGUUCAUCCGGAGGCCUGGAGCUCCCCUGAAUAUGUGUAUGUGCUGGAUGUAAAAUAGGCUUUAUGGCAAAGGAUUUACUUUGUUUAGAUAUUAUGCAAAGGCCGAAAAUACAGUAAUCUUAUAUAAAAAUAAAACUCCAAAGGAAUACAAAUUUGAACUUUGAGGGUCAUAGUUCUUUUGAAAAUAAUUUCAAAAUAAGCACUUUUUUUUUUAAACUUUAGGUUCCAAGAAAAUUCUGGGACCCCCCAAAAAAAAGUGCUACUAAUCGAUAUGUUAUGGUUACUUUGCCAUUCAGCUUCAUUUUUGCACAUGGUGUUAACGCUCUUCACAGAGUGAAACUUUUCACCAGCUUCACGACGUUCCCAUGACCUGUUUCCUGUCCAAGUGUUCCGGAAUGUACCUUUCCGCCUGUGGUUUGUUACUAACAAGUACCUAGACGGCAGUCACUGCAUAGCUGGUGUGUCUUUUCUCUGUUUGGGUGAGCCCACUCAGCCUUUGAGGAGAGGCCGGUGAGCAGUUAGAAUGAGACAGGCGUGGGCGUCGGGUGAUGCCUGACUCCGCCCUGCCGCCUUGGCCGACCACUGAGAUGGGAUUCCCCUCACCAGAACCCCCGCCUGGCUGGCUAACAGAGCCCAGCGUGGACCUCCUGACUCAGUGCAAGCCUCCGCACACAGUGUGGUCUCAGGUUUCCUUUCUGCUGCUAGACUAACCCCGUCUGUCCGUACAAGAGACUUGGAGUUAUGCUCAUGAGCUCAUGGCAGAGCUUUUUUCUGUUUUUUCUUUUCUUUUGCACACUUAGCUAACAUCGUGUGUUCCCGACACAUGCACAGCACUUUUGAAACAUGAUGCACUUUCAUCUUUUUUUACUUUUUGAGACUUUGCCUUCAUUUCCUCCUGGGACGUGAAAAACUUAAAAAGUAUCUCACAGAAUAAAUUAAAACGUGUUGGGUGGGGUGUGUUAUCUGUGUGACGUUGGUGGUGUCUGGGCCUGGGGUGGGGUGGGGGGUUAGCGGUAGCUGCCGAGUUGUGCCUGCUACACAGCUGCAGGACCGCGCUGAUGUGUUGGUCGCCUCCAGCACAUGUUAAGCUAAGCUUCAUGGUAGUGAUGUAAUAAUGUCACACAUUCGUCUUGUGUAUAUAUGUAUUGAAGUUUCUGUACUACUAUCUGUAAAAAUUCAUCCACUAUUGUAAAUAUUUAGACUUGAAACUACCACACAAAUAUUGGAACCAUUCGCUUUAUGAAAUUAAAAGUAUCUCUCAGAAUAGAACUUGCUCCGUGCUUAGAAAUAUACUAUGCUGAACUAUUUUGCAAUAUGUUAUCUUAAACUCUAAAUCCGGUCACUUUGUUGCCUUUUUUUAAAGCGUGUUAUUUCAAAUAGAGUUAUUUUCCUGAAAUAUAUUUGCAAACUCAAGCUGCUUUAUAAUCAAGGAAUAUUUUUAUUGAUUGAAGAAAAUGACUUGCUGCAAUUCAAAAGUGAACUUAUUUUAUUAUAUAGAUGAUUUCUUAAAAGCUAUUUAUACCAUAAUAUAAAAUCAACGACUAUAGUAAUCCUGGGAGUCUGUAGUUCUUCCUGUUAAGUACUCAGCACUGUAUGUUAGAGACAGCGAUGCCAACACUGAGCUUAUUUUUGAGGUUGUUCUCUUCAUGUUUAGAUGGGGAUUAUUAAAUUUAUAGAGUGUACGUGCUUAUCUAUGCUACAUGUGCAAGGUAUGUGUUUUCUUUUGUGUUUUGCUUAUUAAAUGUCAUUCAGAUUCACUUCUUGAAUACUAAUAAAAAGGGAAGCUGUUGGAA